CCUUGAGGACAGAAACAUUAAGGUUGUUAUAGGGGGGUAAAGCUUGAAGUCUAUUUUCUUUUCUUUUGAGAUAUUACAAGAAUCGUCGCUUCAAACAUCAUCCUAAGAACUAGGUGGCGUAAUGUUCACAUUAAUCUCGUUUGGCAACCGCCGAAGAAGAAGAGAAGCGGCAUUAACUCGAUUACUCACAACACUGGCAAGAUGGUUCAACCUGGAGCUAAGAAACUUCAUGUAACCACUUGGAAGGAGGGAAGUUUGCCUGGACCUAUAGCACUGGGUGAAAAUAAAUACAAAUGCAGGUUCUGUAAGAGGACUGGAGGGUACCCUGCUCUGGUCGCACAUGUACAGACCCACGAGAAAACUGCUGUUAAACAUAAAGGAAAUAAAAUGUAUAAAUGUCACCUGAAGUGUAGAGAAAAUGGACACUAUCACUGCUGCUAUUGUUGUCACAUUUUAUCUCGAAAAGACAUACUUAUUAACCAUCUUCAGAAGUGUGCAUCAGCUCCCGUCUACAUUCCUUCUACACCAUCUACAGUGUUCAGAGGAUGUUCAGAAACCUGCGCUGUCAAACCAGCUGACUUUCCAUCAUCCCACAGCAUCUCAGCGGCAUCCCCCAAGUGUGAUCCUAUUCCUGUAACAUCUUCUACAAGUGAUCCUAAACUUUUAACCAAACCAGGUCUGCCUCCAGCUUCGACCCCUCCAGUUCAGAGCACCUCUGAAUACGCCGGCAUUUCCAGCACUCCUUCACCACCGAGCCCCUCCAGAACCCUGAAGACUGAUGUUUUACAUCCCACUGUUUUAGUAUCCUCAGAUAUUCAAAACGUUGUGUCUGCCAAGCCAAUUGAAUCCUCCACUAGUAGCAAAAUAUUGAAGAAGCCCAAGCGAACAACAUGCACCUUUUGCAACAAGGUUUUAAACAAGAAAAAUCUUAAAAUCCACAUUCAAAGACGUCAUUCAUUGUCUACAGCAGAAAACAAUAUAAAUCACCAGCUUACGAGCUUGUGCACAUCAAAACGAGAUGAGGUUUGCUUGGCAGAAGAGGCUACUAAGAAAUAUGGAAAAACUGAACCCACUAUAUUUUCAAAAAUUAUUGACAAAACUAUUCCUGCAGACAUCAUUUAUGAAGACGACAAGUGUCUAGCAUUCAGAGAUAAAAGUCCUCAGGCUCCUGUGCACUUUCUGGUUAUUCCAAGAAUUCAUAUUCCAGGAAUUAGUGAGGCACACGACGAGGAUGCACCGCUCCUCGGUCAUCUCUUGAUUGUGGCCAAAAACAUUGCAAAGAAAGAAGGACUAGGUGAAGGAUACAGAGUCGUGAUUAAUGAUGGCAAAAAUGGGGCACAGUCUGUGUACCACCUUCACAUCCAUGUCCUGGGAGGACGGCAAAUGAGAUGGCCACCAGGAUAGAUGACCCUUCUGUCAAUAAAAAAGUGGAAUGAAACCGAAUAUCAAAAUGGAAACAGAAGACUGUCAAGUUAUGCUUAACAAUAAACAAUGAAUAGAUGCUGUUAAAAUAAUUGUUUUCUAAAUUAAAAGUUAUUUUACUGAA